AUGUCUGGUCAAGGAUCAUAUCUCUCGGCACAGAAGGGCUUCCUCUCGUCGGGCAACGGCCGUCCAGCGCCGAAGCAGCAGAACUUCCUCGUGCGCUUCAUCAACCAACAGAUUCUUGCGCCCGAACACCGCCCCGGCAAUUUGUCCAUUGUUUGGGGUCUCACCGUCUUCACCGCCGGCAUCGUUGUUGCGAGGAAGUUCGGCGAUCUCAUCACGCCCGUUUUCUAA